UACACAAAUACACAACAGCGGAACUCUGCACCGAGCUAGCUAGAGAGAGAGAGAGAGCGAGGAGAUGGUGGGAGAAGAGAAGCGGCACCAGAUGAUGCAGAAUCUCUUCGGAGAUCAAUCCGAAGAAGAAGAGGAAGAGGAGGUCGAAUCGGAGCAUGAAUCGAGCCGACAACCUGGAUACGCUUCGGAUGAAGGAGAUGGAGGGCCAGUGCCUGAUGAGGAAGGGGAAGGGGAAGGGGAAGGUGAAGGUGAAGGUGAAGGUGAAGGAGAAGGAGAAGGAGAAGGAGAAGGAGAAGGUGAAGGUGAAGUACAACUGGAGCCAGAGAGAGAAAGUGAUGUUGAUAUGCAGGAUGGUGAUGAGCAAGGAGAAAGUGAGGCUGAGAGAGAUCAGAGUGUUGAUCAAAGAGAAGAUAGUCAUGGACGAGACACAGACAGUGAUGAAAAAGAGGAAUAUGGUCAAAGGGUUGUGACAAGUCGGAGGCGGGAUGUCAUAGACAGUGGAUCAGACAGGUCAGAGAACCUCUUUGCUGAUAUUGAUGAUGAAGAAGUAAACCAAGCAAGAAGCCGAAGUAGAUCCCCUGCAGAGGAGAAAGACGAGGUGCCCUUUUCAAACUCAGCACCAGAGAUUCGUGAUGUAUUUGGGGACUCUGAUGAUGAAGAACCAACUAGGUUUGGUGUUCAGAAUGAAAUGGGCGAAGAGUCAAAUAGAUCCCCUAUUGAAGAGGAAGGGAAUUAUGAAAAAGAAUUGGUACCGGAGGAUAUGGUGGCUGAUGAAUAUGAUCAAUAUGAGUCUGAAGAAGAUCAUCUUGAUAAGAAGCACAAGGAAAAACCGAUUGGUCCCCCAUUAGAGCUUGAGAUCCCACUGCAGCAUCCUCCAGCUCUUCCAGAAAAGAUGCACUUGAUCAAAGUUUCAAACAUAAUGGGAAUUGACCCCAGGCCUUUUGAUCCAAAGACGUAUGUGGAAGAUAAUGCUUUUGUUAAAGAUGAAUCUGGAUCCAAUAAGCGUAUUAGCUUGGUGAAUAAUAUUGUUAGGUGGAGGGAGGUUAAGAAUCCUGAUGGCACAACAUCUAUAGAAAGCAAUGCACGUUUUGUGCAUUGGUCAGAUGGCAGCAUUCAGCUAAUGAUUGGAAAUGAGGUUCUUGACACAACUGUUCAAGAUGCUCAGCACGAUCAAGCACACCUGUUCCUUAGGCAUGGAAAGGGAAUACUCCAGUCACAGGGGAGAAUUUUAAGUAAGAUGAGGUUUAUGCCUUCAUCUUUAUCAUCUAAUUCUCAUAGAUUGUUGACUGCUCUAGUUGAUUCACGCCAUAAGAAGGUUUAUAAGGUCAAGAACUGUGUCACUGAUAUUGAUCCUGAGAGGGAGAAGGAACAAAAGGAACGGGCUGAAAGUCAAAUGAUCAGAGCAAGUGUGAGCCUUAAUCGGAAGAAGGAGAAGGUUAGCCGUAAAUACAUGCCUACUGUACGUAGGGAGCGCCAACUUUCCCCUGGUUUCCUGGAGGAUGCCCUUGAGGAGGAAGAAGAGACAGAUUAUUAUGAGUCUAGAAGGCCUGCUGCUCGACGUCGCUUUGAUGAAGACCUUGAAAUGGAGGCUCAAGCAGAGAGGCGAAUAAUGAAUGCAAAGAAGAGAGAUAUUCCUCGAAAAACAUCAAUGCCAGCUGCAAGACCUUCUAAACGUCCAGUAGACUUCUCUGAAAGCGAGAAGGAGGAGUCUGAGUAUGAAACUGAGGGUGAAGAAGAGAAGGUUGAGCACGAGUAUGAAGAGGAAGGGCAUGAGCAAGAAGAGGAGGAAGAGACGUAUGAAGAAUCAGAAGAGGAAGCUGAGGAGCCAAAACAGAAGGUUAGGGAGUCUGGAACAAGUCUUAAGCGAAAGGGAAUUGAGUCUGAUGAGGAAUCUCCUCCAAGGAAGGCUGCAGCUCAUCGACGAAUGGCAAUUGUUUAUGACAGUGACGAGGAAUAAGACAUGCUUAAGAAAGCUUAAAGGAUAAAAUAUCAGCACUAUAGAUGGUUUUGACAGCCAACAGAAAUCUCUGGAUUCAGAAUUAGAGAAAUCGGAGAUGAUCGGGUGUCCCAGAAGUUGCCAAUACUAUUAAAGUUGUGUCAAAUUUAAGUUUGGAUACAGAUGCCAUCAAUCUUCCACCAUACAGUGGAGUUCUUUUGGGUAACCACAAAAAGUAUGUCUUUCUUUAAGAAUUUUGGGUGGCCUCAAGUAAACUCCAAACCAUCUGCAAGGCUUAACGUAUUUGACUAAGUUA